AAAAUAAAGAGAUGAAGAAGUAGAAGGGCAAAUGAGAGAAUGAAACUCUGUGCCUAUGCCAUAUCAGUAGGCUCAACACUCUCACCCACACAGUCACAACUCCACCAUCAACCGUCGCUACUGCCUCAAUUCACUCUAAUUCUCUCUUCUUCUUCUUCUUCUUUUACUGCUGGACUUUCAGGCGCCGACUCCUUCACUGUUACCGUCACCAACUCUGACCCAUCGACAUCAAGUCAGUCUCUCUAUUGCCAUCUCAUUCACAAGAACCAAACCAUCCAGAAGAAAAAAGAAGAAAAGGAAAAUGGGCAAUUGUGGUACUAGAGAGGAAUCUGCAGUGGUAACCAAUGCUCAAGUUCAACAGCUGAACUUGAUAUCGUCUUUGCCUGCUAAAAAUGGUGAGAAGAAGCAGAAUCAUCAUCGUUCCAUAUCAGAUCUAAGCGAUCCCUCAACUCCACGGAACUUUGAGGAUUCGAGAAAGAACGCCAUGCUUUACACCCAUAUCAUCUCCUUUACCCUCUUCGAGCUUGAGACCAUCACAAAGAGCUUCCGCUCCGAUUACAUCCUCGGCGAGGGAGGCUUUGGAACUGUCUAUAAGGGUUACGUUGACGAAAAUGUCAGGGUUGGCCUUAAAUCGCUCCCAGUCGCCGUCAAAGUACUUAAUAAGGAGGGUCUUCAGGGUCACCGAGAGUGGCUUACUGAGGUGAACUUUUUGGGGCAGCUUAGACAUCCUAAUCUGGUUAAGUUGAUUGGAUAUUGUUGCGAGGACGAUCAUAGAUUACUUGUGUACGAGUUCAUGUUUCGCGGAAGCCUUGAGAAUCAUCUGUUCAGGAAAGCAUCUAUUCCAUUUUUGUGGGGAACAAGAAUGGCUAUUGCUCUGGGAGCUGCAAAAGGGCUUGCUUUCCUUCACAAUGCAGAAAGGCCCGUUAUUUACCGAGACUUCAAAACCUCUAAUAUAUUAUUGGACUCAGAUUAUACAGCCAAGCUCUCUGAUUUUGGUCUUGCUAAAGCUGGACCUCAGGGUGAUGAAACCCAUGUCUCUACCCGAGUAAUGGGCACCUAUGGUUAUGCAGCUCCUGAAUAUGUAAUGACUGGCCACUUGACUGCAAGGAGCGAUGUUUACAGUUUUGGAGUUGUUCUUUUGGAGCUUUUGACUGGAAGGAGGUCGGUUGACAAGACAAGACCAAGUAAAGAGCAAAACUUGGUAGAAUGGGCCAGGCCUAAACUGAAUGACAAGAGAAAGUUGCUUCAAAUAAUUGAUCCCAGGUUGGAAAAUCAAUAUUCGGUUAGAGCAGCUCAGAAGGCUUGCAGUUUAGCAUACUAUUGUCUGAGCCAAAAUCCCAAAGCAAGGCCCUUAAUGAGUGAUGUUGUUGAAACACUGGAACCUUUGCAAAGUGGCAACGAUGCAAAUGAAGUUUCAUCAUCAUUUUCAAUUGGCAAUUCCGGUCCAUUUGCCAGAAUCCCGGAUUAUCGGAUGCGUCAGAGGUUUACAAAUAAUGUUGGUCCGGGUUCUAGUUGCCGAUCUCCUAACCCAAAUUGUUCCCCGGGAGGUCCUGCAGCAUGCAGAGUUCGAUGAGAAAUGUCUUAUUCGUAUGUAUACAUGUUUGGUGUGUUUUUCUCCCACCCCUUUAUGAAAUGGAAAUAUUUGCUUGUUGCAUGGCUGCAAAUGCCUCUUUUGUCACAUGUACAUGAUCUCACGGUGUUCCCAAAUCUGUGUUAAUUAUUACUUUGUUCUUGUAUUUA